GUUUACUGUCUUACAUAAAACAUUACUUAAUGUUAAGAAAAUUAGAAGAAUUACUUAUCUUAUAUAUCUCAAAAUGAAACUAGUACUAAAGCCAACUCGUGGUGCUCUCUUUCUGAAUGGUAUUUACCAGCUGUUUACGUUUUAUGCUUGCUUGGCCGUUGAAACAUAGGACAGUAUUCAGGAACGAGAUAUAUAAUCACGAGAAUAUAUUCAAAAUUAUAGAUUUUUAAACCAAUGAGAUACUUAUGACCGGGACAAAGAUUAACCGUAGCCAUGGGAGGGGGGGAGGGGGGGGGGCAGCAAGGAUACAUCGCCAACUUUCAAAUGUUUGCGUGUAAGAGGGGAGGGGGCAGAAAGCGUACUCUUGUAUGACCCACCUUCCCCCACUUUUUAGUCGACUCUACAUUUUGAUGUUUAAUUUUUUGUUGUUUUAAUUUUAGACUUCAAUGCCCUUCAUGUUAAAUUUGAGCCCCAUCCCUAACCUUUUCAAUUUGUGAUGUUUCACUUUUAAGAGUGCGACAACUUCAGGGCAUUGUAUACUCAGUAAAUGUUUUAUGUGAAGGCCAGGAGGUAACUGCAUGCUAGCUGUACAUUACUAAUUAUACUGUUUUCAAAGAAUUAUAACUUCUUAAGACUAGAGACAAUAAUUUCUUACAUUCAUCUCCACAGUAACGACAUUCAUUGCCAAGAAAAAGAAAAUAAUUUUAAAUGGAAAAGAAGAGACACUCAUGUUAUAAAGGCCUAUCAGGUCCACCCUUGUGUUUGGGGGGAUAUAAUAGAGGAACUAAAGGAAAAUCUGGAGAGACUCCCAAUGGCAACGCAGAAUCUCUACAAUUGCGGAUCUCUGGAGCAACUAAGAGAUAGGCUUGGGAACUUAUUGCGGCAAAGGAACCAAUUGAGGACAUUGAUAUUUACCACAUUCCUCACAUUUUACCCAAUCAAUCAAUAGGACAAAUCAAUAAAUGAAUAAAGAAGUAAAACGUAUAGCGGGGGGGGGGGGGGGGGCUGAAAUUGAGAUACCAAAAUAAAAGUGGUAAAAAUAGAUUAUUUAUUGUGUUUAAUUUUCUUUGUAGUGUGGAAGUGGAAAGAGUUCGCAAACUAGAAGCCCGUCACCAGGACACGACAGAGGGGGAACUUAUCAACAAGGCCGGGAAAUACGCGCCUCCUCAGGAUGAAGAGUUACAGGAAGAAGAGUCAGAAACAUCCGGACCAUCUACAGCUCCUCGAGAAAACAGAAAAAGAAUGAGAAUGCAGGAAGAGUUGGAUGAAGAGGAAACGAAAGAUGAUGAAAGGCGAAGAUGACGAACAGCGAUCAAUCUCAUAACUCCUAUAAGCAAUACAAAAUAGAUAGUUGGGAAAACACGGACCCCUGGACACACCAGGGGUGGGAUCAGGUGCCUAGGAGGAGUAAGCAUCCCCUGUCGAAAUAAAGAAACCAAGGAAGACCCCACUAAUUAAUUUGAUAAGGGAUAAUCAUAUGCAAUACAAUACAUUUAUUACUUUAGAAAUACCAAAAAUUCUUAAACAGCUCGGAGUGGAGUCAGUCUGAUUCCGAGUCAAGUGAUUAAAUUUGUCUUUUUUUCCAGAUCUUAUUUGUAAAUGUUUAGCACCUACUUCAAAUGAUAUAUCGGUACAAGAAUUCUAUAAACAUAUAUUUGUACUAGGAAGUGAUAAUGUCCAAACAGUAUCUAGACUUUUAUGUCCAUUUCAGAAUCUGCAAUAUUGCUUCACAUUAUUGCAGUCUACGAUCUCAUAUAUCAUUUAAAUAUUGCAUUAUUUCAGAUCAAAUGAAAAUUUUCUAUAAACUUUCUAGUUGUGUUACGACAUUAAAUUCACCUGAAACUGAAUUAUCAUGAAAAUUAGCAUGAAAAUUGAAACUAAAACUGAAUUAUAGAAUCAUAUUUUACGCAAGUUAUAUGCAGGGAUAUUGGUGAGGCGGUAACCUCAAGAGUAAAAUCUACAAAGCUUAGAAUUCAGAUUUUUAUCCUUACUGACAACUGAUGUAAGCUACCUACAAAUUCAGUGUUGACAUUUUGCUCCUCUGUAACAAAACAAUCCAUUUCAAUCGGCUCAAUGCGAAAAUCGUAUUUUGAAACGCGCCCCAAAGGAUCCUUACGUCAGAGUACGACCUCGAGAUCGCGAACCCUGGAAAUGUCUAAUAUAUAUUCGACUAAAGACUUCAAAAUGGCACAGAAAAUGUACUUUCAUCAAUGUUGAGUUCGUGCUUCAUUGUUUUUAUCAACAGUGCCGUAGCAAGCUGUGAUUCAGAGAUAUUGAAAAAAAUUACAUGUGUUGUCCCAUCCUUGAAGCAUACCUGAGUGUUUCUUUCCUUACAGGAAAAGUAUCCUUACUCCAGUGAUGAUAAACAGAACGUCUGAAGAAAUAAUACGUCGAGCAGCUUAGUACUGUGUGUGUGUAUAUAUAUAUAUAUCACCACGUCUUCUCUGUCAUCUUAAAUAUGAAUAUUGUUAUUUGGAUUAUACUGAGCUCCUUUGUGACGUCACACAGUAUACGCGGCCUAAGAAAUUGCUAUCCCAUAAUCCCUCAUCGUCGGUUACCCACGGGUGCUUCUACUCGAUUAUCUCCAUGAGGGAGCGUGAGCUGUGGACUCAAAACCGUGGUUUGCGACGAUGAUAAUCCCUAAGUGGAAGAGUUUGGUUUGUAAGCAAACGAAUUCUGCCGGAAGUUUAAGGAAGCCCUAUAUAAAGUGUCUAUAUCAUGAGUUGUGUCUUCCAAUGCAAAGCUGGGAACAUUCGGCAUACAAAUUGCACAAAUAUGGGAUGGCUAACUCAGAUUUGGAACCAUCAUUUAGAGUGUCGUGAUGAUGAAGUGAUCUAUAUAGAUCGACAGGACAUGAGGCAUACAUAUAGUACAAUCUAUACACCUACGGCUGAUGUAAGCCAGUGUGAAAACAAGGAAAGUGAAUAUCCGAACGAAUGUUUCCGAUCAGUUCCCCAUGGCUUUGGAGAAGAUUUUACAUCGUAUUUCAAUGCAUCACAAAAGUGUAAUCGUAUGAAUACGUGCGGAUUAGGUUAUAAUGAUUUCUACGAUUCAACACUAAAAUUCAUUAGAUAUUGCUCAGUUGGAGGAGAACGUUUUGACAAAGUUCUUAUCAUAGUGUACUACGAGUGUUUUUCGGCUGAACGUAAUAUUCUUGUCGGAGGAAAUAGAACUGCAGAACGCUUACCAGAUCGACCUUUAUAUUUGAUGGCAACAAAAGGAAAUACGUGUAGAAUAAAGGGAAACAUUGAAUCUGGAAGGAUUUUGGAGCAGGCCAACAUGAAUUUAACAAUCAGACAGGGCAAUAACCGGAUUUGCUCAGAAAUACUUGGAAUUUAUCACUACAAUAAAGAUCUAUCAUGUAUUCGUGGACUCUCGGGGAUUAUCUUUGACUUUAAAAUUUACAAUCCUGCAGUAGCUUCUACUAAAAUGCUAUGGAUUGAAAUUAAAGGGCGUUCAUUGCAAUUAGUCUGCGGUGACAUAACAGAGGCGCUCUCUGAGCAACCACAGGAGUCCUCCCCAGCCCUUUUUAUUGCGGGUCCAGUUGUUGGGAUCGUCCUCCUGGGUGUGGUAGUGCUUGUGAUUGUCCUCAAAAGAAGAAAGUCUCAGAUGCUAAUGAAAAACAUGCCAAAAUGUGACGGUGUGACUACCACACUCCCCCCCUUUCAGGGUCAGGGCGGUCCCGAUUCGAAUGACGUACUUAAACCCAAAAAUGAAGAGGACCGCGUGUCUUCGUCAAAAACAACGUACUACAACAUGGAUAUCCCAGAAUUCCCACUUCAAGUUGAGGAUGGGAAUUAUUCCUUGAUCAGUUCACAAGCUGAGAAAACAAUUGCCGGAGAGAAGCAAGCAGUGUGCCACAAUACCGAGCACCUCGGUGAUGGAGUGUACGAUUCUAUGGACGAAAAUCCGACAACUCAUUCACUUAGUGCUCCUUGUGCAGAUAAUGUACAUCGUGAAGAAACCGAAACAGAAACGACAAACGGUGAACACUUCAUUGGAGAGGUAACGGGAGAUGUUUAUGCCUCUGUUUGUAAAGUAGACAAAGUGGAAAACAAGCAAAUUACUGGACCGAAAGGAGACAUUUACGCAACAGUGUCUAAUGUGUCUUCCAGAGAGUAGAUGUUGUUAGAAUGAAGGACAUAUUGAAUAGUUGUGAAUUUAGAUAUUUCAAAAUAUACAAGUCAUGAGAUUGAAUUGGGUUACUCUUGUUAAAGAAGUGUAUUUAUAACUUAUUGCGUCAUGUGCAUUAGAUGAACACGGAUAAGAGAUAACAGUUAUAUUUUCUGAAAUCGUUGAGUUUCUUUUUUUUUUUUUUUUAUUCUUCCGCUUUCGCUUUCUGUGUGUUCCAUGAGAUGUACUGAGUUAUGGGAUGCGUAUAUAUCAGAAACUACCUUGAAUAAAAUAAUAAUAUGAA